AUAAGAGAUUAGUGUACUUUUAAUAGAAACUAUAAGAAAGAAAGAAGAAAAUUUUGGACUGAGAUAAAACAAGCCUGAUAUCAUAAGGACCUUUUUACUAAUUGGUUUCAUAAAGUCAAUUGCUUAUUUUAAUAAUUGAUGAAGAACUAAUAACAUCAUUUAAUUCAUGAAACGUAUAUCAGUAUCAUAAAAACCCAACAAGUAGGCAUGCCUCAACACUGGAAAGUAAUGAAGAUUUCACAAAUACUGUAUGAUAAGGAAAAGUAUAAUACAAAAUUAUUAUUAAAUACACUGAAAUGAAAAGUCAUGGGAUAGCAGCAAAUUGGUCAUAUGGGUCAUGAAUUAUGGGAGUUAGAGGGAGGCCUGAUAGCGGGUAAAGAUGGAUGGGAGAUUUAGUAUUAAACAGUUCUCAAUCCAUAGUGUCACCUGUGUGUCAUAUGUAAUAUGUUUAUUAAAGGAUUUCCACUCCUCCACACCUCAGAAAUCUUAAUAGAUACAAACGUUUCUGGCAAAGAAAUCUACACACAUUUCCCACAGCUCAGUGCAGCGUUCUUUAGCUUCUAUACACACAAAAAAAAAUGUUUAUUAUAUUUGACUAGAUUCUCUUGUUGAUUGUAACUACUGUUAAUUUCACUGCUUCAGAAGAGCCCCAGGUCCAGAACCUCCCAGUUCCAGCAGGGUUUAAGAAGCAUGCAGAGCACUGGCUGCUGGAAGAUCGUUAGACCACCAGCUGAACUGAACUGGAUCUGAAACCUCUAGACUUACAGUAGUGCAAGAGAUUUUCCCCAGAUCCUGUUUUUAAUUAUUGAAUUCAAAGGAAAUUACAAUGGAAUCUUUUAAAAUGCUGCAUUUUCUUGUAAUUUGGAUUGUUCUGGAUUUGGACUUGACUAACUCUGCACCUGAUGAGUGUCCUCUGGAGAGAGAGAGGCUCCAGGCUCAGUUAAAGUCUCUGGAGGUUCGAGCUGUGAAGCAGCAGGAGAUGAUCCAGCGUUUAACGAACCUCUCCAUGCAGAAACAGAACCCUGUUAAUGAAAGCAUCUUCUUCGAUCUGGGAGAAAGACAGUAUACAGACUGUGCUCAGGUUUUCAGUAAUGGAAAUAAAGCCAGUGGAUUUUACCUGAUUAAACCUAUGAGUAGUCCAGCACAGAUCAGGGUUUACUGUGAUAUGACGGAGGGGGGUGGAUGGACUGUCCUGCAGAGACGUACUGAUGGCAGCCAGUCUUUUGACAGAGACUGGAAGGAUUACAAGGUUGGAUUUGGUGAUCUGAAGUCUGCGAGUGGAGAGUUCUGGAUAGGGAAUGACAAUUUACAUUAUUUAACUUCUCAAGGUGAGAAUAUCUUGAGAAUCAAUUUGGAGGACUUUGAGGGCAGCCAUCGCUUUGCUGUGUACGGAAAAUUCAAAGUUGACGGUGAAGAGAAUCAUUAUCAGCUGCAGAUUGGUAGAUACACAGGAAAUGCAGGAGAUGCUCUCUCAGGCAACUACAACCCUGGUGCACAGUCGUGGGCAAGUCACCAUGGGAUGAAAUUCAGCACACGGGAUAAAGAUAAUGACCAUUACGAUCGCAACUGUGCUCGCGAGGAUAAGGCCGGCUGGUGGUUCAACAAAUGUCACACUGCCAAUUUGAAUGGGAUCUACUAUAAGGGUCCGUACAGUGCAGUCACUGAUAAUGGGAUAGUGUGGUACCCAUGGCACGGCUGGUGGUACUCCCUCAAGUCUGUGGAGAUGAAGAUCAGACCAGCUGGCUUUGAACUCAAUGAAGACUAACACCAUACACUAUGCCACUGUCCAAUUAUGCGUAAUUUACAUGUGCAAUUAUAUAACAAAGUGUGAUUGUUGUGUGUGAAAGGUUUAAGAAAUUUUCAGCAGAACUAACAAUCAUCUUCUAAAUACAGAUCAAUAAAUAAAUCAAACCUUUAUAUUGACUUUA